UUUUUUUUAAUUUUAUAGGAAUGAAAUUUGGUCAAUUAAAACUUCGUCCAAUAAUUUCUUCCAAUUUGAAAGCAGAAAUGGAAUAUAAUCAACUUCGUUUAGAGCAAGUUCUCUCUCCUUUGUUGGCGCUUAUGUAUGGGACUGGAGACAAUGUACCUAACAAUUUAAUUCGUUCUUGUCUUAUAUUUGCUUGUGACCAUGGAAUGAAAAAAAUUGUUAAGGAAUUGGAAGAGAUGAUUUGUAAUGAAUUAAUUACUGGACCUAAUAUUCUGCUUAAUCAUUUCCAAUUUGCUGAGAGAUAUCAUUUGAAGAAUUUGGAACGCUUUUCUCUGUGGCAAUUGGAAUGUGAAGAGUAUCACAAAUUAGGCCUUGCACUGCUCGAAUUAGAAGAUUACAACAAACUUGGAAAAAAUAUGCGAUAUAAUAUUGAGGAUCGUCUUUGUAGUGGUUGGGGUGUUUAUAACAAAUCUUUGGCUAAACGUGAAAAGAGUGGAAUUAUUCGUUUUGUGUUAAACACCCAAUCUUGUGAGCCUGAAACUGCUUCAGUCAAAAACGAUGAUCUUUGUACUGUGGUGACUGAAAACGAGGCUGAAUUCGAUGCUUACCAGCAAGAGCUUGGUACUGAAGUAUAG